UUUUUUUUUGCUUUCCAUCUUUUUAAAACAAGAAAAUGGAGCAUCACAUAGGAAAUCUUAAUCCUUGUACUGGGUCCAUGUGUCACAUUUGAAUUGCGCUGUGCUAAUUCUCUAAGUACCAACUCAGACCGUCUCCUUGAUGCACACUCACAGCAUCAUGGCCAGUACUCAGGAGCGCCUGAGCUUGUCUUCCUCCCCAAACUCGAUCGGCAAAGCCUUCUGUGAAGAUAAAGACUUCAGCAGGUUACAUGAUGAACAUGCACCUACUGGAAACCACCCGUCCCCUGAGCUCAUAGAGGAUGUACGUGAGAAGGGCUUGCUGCCGGCAGACCUCAUCGAUAACAUGAGCAGCCCGGUCACUGCAGCAGUGCUGACCAGCAUCAGCGAGGACUCUAGGGACCAAUUUGAGAACAGCGUGCUGCAGCUGCGAGAGCAGGAUGAGUCUGAAACAGCCAUUCCUCAGGGUAACAGGAACACUAUGGAUGGAGAGAGCAACAGUGGAGCGGAUGAUGUUAAAGUCCAGUUCAACAGAUCAGGCAGUGGGAGCGGUGGGUUUCUUGAGGGACUUUUCGGAUGUCUGAGGCCUGUGUGGAACAUCAUAGGCAAGGCAUAUUCCACAGACUACAAGCUGCAACAGCAAGAUACCUGGGAGGUCCCAUUCGAGGAGAUCUCGGAGCUGCAGUGGCUGGGCAGCGGCGCGCAGGGAGCAGUCUUCCUGGGCAAAUUCCGGGCAGAGGAGGUGGCCAUCAAGAAAGUGAGAGAUCAGAACGAAACGGAUAUCAAGCACUUGCGGAAACUCAAACAUCCUAACAUCAUUGCAUUCAAAGGAGUUUGCACUCAAGCCCCAUGCUACUGUAUCAUCAUGGAGUACUGUGCACAUGGACAGCUCUAUGAAGUCCUGCGAGCAGGGCGGAAAGUCACCCCUCGGCUGCUUGUGGAUUGGUCCACGGGGAUUGCAAGUGGGAUGAAUUACCUGCACCUUCACAAAAUCAUCCAUCGAGACCUCAAGUCACCAAAUGUUUUAGUUACACACACAGAUGCAGUAAAAAUUUCAGAUUUUGGUACAUCUAAAGAACUCAGUGAUAAAAGUACCAAAAUGUCUUUUGCGGGAACUGUGGCUUGGAUGGCCCCGGAGGUGAUACGCAAUGAGCCUGUCUCCGAGAAGGUGGAUAUCUGGUCGUUUGGGGUAGUUUUGUGGGAGCUGCUUACAGGAGAGAUUCCCUACAAGGACGUGGACUCCUCGGCCAUCAUUUGGGGAGUGGGCAGCAACAGCCUGCACCUUCCUGUCCCUUCCACGUGCCCAGAUGGCUUCAAAAUCCUCAUGAAGCAGACCUGGCAGAGCAAGCCCCGGAAUCGUCCCUCCUUUCGGCAGACACUGAUGCACCUGGAUAUUGCAUCUGCUGACGUGCUGGCUACUCCUCAGGAAACCUAUUUCAAAUCCCAGGCUGAGUGGAGAGAAGAAGUGAAGAAACAUUUUGAGAAAAUUAAAAGCGAAGGAACUUGUAUCCACCGGCUAGAUGAAGAAUUGAUUCGUCGUCGAAGAGAAGAGCUGAGACAUGCAUUGGAUAUCCGCGAACACUAUGAGAGGAAGCUGGAACGAGCCAAUAAUUUAUAUAUGGAGCUCAGUGCUAUUAUGCUGCAGCUGGAGGUCCGUGAGAAGGAGCUCAUAAAGAGGGAGCAAGCAGUGGAAAAGAAAUACCCCGGAACUUACAAACGCCACCCGGUCAGACCGAUAAUCCACCCCAAUACAGUGGAGAAGCUGAUGAAAAGGAAAGGGGUCUCCCAUAAACCAGGCAGCCAGACUAAACGGCCAGAUCUGCUGAAGUCAGAGGGCAUACCCAGCACAGAAGCAGCAUCCAAUGGCUCACCAGUCUCAGGAAGUCCCAAAAUGUCAACGCUGAGCGGCAAAAGCCGCUACCGCAGCAAGCCACGUCACCGCCGAGGGAACAGCAAAGGCAGCUACAAUGAUUUUGCAGGGAUCUUGAAAAACCAGCCAGUGCAAGAUGAUGCACCCCCACCUCCACCUCAUAAUCAUUCUCAUCAUCCCGGCCUACCACAGCAACCUGGCCACAGCCAUCCCCAUGGCCAUCACUCACGGCUUCAUGCCCACGGACAAGAUAUUGCAAACUGCGCAAACAACUUAAGGUACUUUGGCCCUGCAGCAGCGCUGCGGAGCCCUCUCAGUAACCACGCGCAGAGGCGGAUGUCUGGUUCCAGCCCCGAUCUCAUCUCCGCUGCCAUGGAAGCAGAUUGCCGAAGGAAUCUGGAGAGCAAAGAAAGCAAAGCUGAUCAUUGGGAGUGUUGCAAAACAGAUCCAUAUAAUUCCUGUCUUCAGUGCAGGGACGAGGACAGUGGUCAGGUACAGAUGUCAUCUGCUGCUGAAACAGGGAUGAGCCAUUCUCAGUCACCAACAUCUGUUUCCCUAUACGAAAAUGCGCAGUUCAUUGAGAAGAUGGACGAAGAGGGCUUCAGCAACUGUAAGUCAGGGUCCGCACUAGGCACUCCCCAGCACAUGGCUUCCUCAAUGCUACCUUGCAAAGCAAGACCUCUUCAAAAGAGCGGUGAUGACUCUUCAGAAGAGGAAGAGGGCGAAGUAGACAGUGAAGUGGAGUUUCCUCGUAGACAAAGACCUCACCGCUGCAUCAGUAGCUGCCAGUCCUACUCAACCUUCAGCUCAGAGAACUUCUCCGUGUCAGAUGGAGAGGAGGGGAACACAAGCGAUCAUUCGAACAGCCCAGAUGAGCUGGCCACCAAGCUGGAAGAUGAGGUGGCUGAGAAGCUGGAGGACAUGUUGUCCCAGACUCCAGAGAUCCCCAUUGAAAUCUCCACGCAGUCUGACGGGCUUUCAGACAAAGAGUGUGCUGUGCGGAGAGUCAAGACUCAGAUGUCUCUGGGCAAACUUUGUGCGGAUGAACCCAGCUGUGAGAACCCGGCACAGUUUGGAGAAUCAGACUGUGACUCUUCUGAAGGGGAGUGUUCUGAUGCCACGGUCAGGAACAAUAAGCCCUGCAGCUCUGCUACUUGGUAAUACGGAUCUCUCCCAAAGCUUCCUGAUACUGGCAUUUUGAUUUCCCUGAGAUUCCACUUCAUUCCCCUUCAUCACACUUUCCAGGAAGAGAAGAUGCUUCUCCUUCCCACCCCAGGAGUGAUUUGCAAUAACCCGAAUCUCUGGAAAAUGUCCAAAUGAAAUUAAUUCUCUUUGAGCAUUUCAAUCAAGAAUGGCAGGGAUGUAUUUUAUUGAAUAAUCUAGUUACUGUAACAUGGAUAUUUAUUUUUUUGACAUUUUAACACUUUUUACUGUAAAGAGUGGAUUGUAUUUAUAGACACACAGACUUGUUGCAAAAAAAAAAAAA